AUGUCGGGUCACACCUCAGUCAAGCAGUUCAUCCGCAACGUGCGCGCCGCAAAGACCAUCGCAGACGAGCGCGCCGUGAUUCAGAAGGAGAGUGCGAGCAUACGAGCCAGCUUUCGGGAGGAGAGCCACGAUCACAAUGUCAGACGGAACAAUGUCGCGAAACUCCUCUACCUCUUCACCCUCGGCGAGAGAACACAUUUCGGCCAGAUCGAGUGUCUCAAGCUCCUUGCCUCUCCACGCUUCGCCGAUAAACGCCUGGGUCACCUGGCCACGAGCUUGCUGCUGGAUGAGAACCAGGAGGUCCUGACGCUGGUCACGAACUCGCUGCAAAAUGAUCUCGGCCACUCCAACCAGUACGUCGUGGGCCUCGCCCUCUGCACCCUUGGCAACAUUGCCUCCAUCGAGAUGUCCCGCGACCUGUUCUCCGAGAUCGAGAAGCUAGUGUCGACUGCCAAUCCCUACAUCCGGCGCAAGGCCGCCUUGUGCGCCAUGCGGAUAUGUCGAAAAGUGCCCGACCUCCAGGAGCACUUCAUCGAGAGGGCCACAGCCCUGCUGCAGGACCGGAACCACGGCGUCCUGCUCUGCGGGCUGACGCUGGUCAUCAGCCUGUGCGAGGCGGACGAGGAGGAGGGCGGCGAGGAAGGCAUCGUGGAGAAGUUCAGGCAGUUCGUGCCGAUACUCGUCAGGACGCUCAAGGGGCUGGCAUCUUCGGGCUACGCCCCCGAGCAUGAUGUCAUGGGCAUCACAGACCCGUUCCUACAGGUCAAGAUCCUCCAUCUGCUGAGGGUGUUGGCGAGGGGAGACUCCGAGGUCAGCGAGCAGAUCAACGAUAUCCUUGCGCAAGUCGCCACCAACACGGACUCGUCCAAGAACGUGGGCAACUCGAUCCUGUACGAGGCGGUGCGGACCAUCCUCGAUAUAGAGGCGGACUCGGGCCUGCGGGUGCUGGGUGUCAACAUUCUUGGGAAAUUCUUGACAAACAGGGACAACAAUAUCCGAUAUGUGGCGCUCAACACGCUGAUCAAGGUGGUUGCCAUCGAGCCUAAUGCCGUGCAGAGGCACCGGAACACCAUCCUCGAAUGUCUGCGAGACCCCGAUAUCAGCAUAAGGAGGAGAGCGCUGGACCUCAGCUUUACGCUCAUCAACGAGAGCAACGUGCGCGUUCUGAUUAGGGAACUGCUCGCCUUCCUGGAAGUUGCCGACAACGAGUUCAAGCCCACGCUGACGACACAAAUCGGCAUCGCGGCCGACAAGUAUGCUCCAAACAAGCGGUGGCACGUGGAUACGAUGCUGAGAGUCCUGACGCUGGCGGGCAACUACAUCAAGGAGCCCAUCCUGUCCUCGGUCAUCCGCCUGAUCGCUACCAGCCCUGAUCUGCAGACAUAUGCCGUGCAGAAACUGUACACCAACUUGAAGAAGGACAUCACACAAGAGAGCUUGACACAAGCAGGCGCGUGGUGCAUCGGCGAGUAUGGUGACGUGCUGCUCAGGGGCGGGCAGUACGAGGAGGAAGAGCUGGUCAAGGAAGUCAAGGAGAACGAGGUCGUGGAUCUGUUCGAGACCAUCCUGAACAGCAACUAUGCCACCCAAGUGACCACCGAGUACAUUGUCACGGCGCUGAUCAAGUUGACGACAAGAUUCUCCGAUGGUCCACAGAUCCAAAGAGUUCAGGCGAUCCUUCAGCACCACCAGACGAGCCUGGACGUCGAGGUGCAACAGCGUGCCGUGGAGUACGGGAAUCUCUUCCACUUUGACGAGAUCCGCCGUGGUGUGCUAGAGAAGAUGCCGGUCCCUGUCAUCAAGGAGGAGAAUCGCGUGCUCGGUGCAGCGAGCCAGGGGACCAAGAAGGCGAAAAGGGAGUCCAAGCGGAUCAAGCAGACAGAACAAGACCUGCUCAUGGACCUCAUGGGUGACAGCGGCCCAGCGCCUUCUCCUGCGAAUGGAAGCUCAACCAACAACGCAGAUCUCCUCGCCGAUAUUCUGGGCGGGACAUCGUCCCCCGCGCCCGCGUCCAACUCGGCAACACCGACACCACAAUCCAACGUGUCCGCCAUCAUGGAUCUCUUUGGGCCGGGCGGGGCUCAAGCCACUCCACCUCCACAGGCAGCAGCAGCAGCAGCCGCACGACCAACCUCUGACCUGGACCUCCUCGGGCAGAUGGGCUCCUCCUCUCCCGCACCACAGGCAGCGGGCGCGGCUGCACCGGCAGGCUUCCCUUGCUACAACAACAAUGGUCUAGUCGUGACGAUUGCCACGCAGCGCAAUGCAGAGGGCAUCGUGCAGGCGCUGGCGCGUUUCCGGAAUGCCUCUGGUGGCCCGCUGUCAAAUGUCGGGCUGCAGGCCGCCGUGCCAAAAAGUCAGAAGCUGCAGCUCAACAGCAUCUCGAGCGCGGACCUGGCGCCAGGGACCGAGGCCACGCAGGCCAUGAGGAUCCAGGGGGCGAAGGGGCCUCUACGUCUGCGUUUGAGGAUCCAGUACGCCUCGCCCGCGGCAGGGCAGGUUAUGGAUCAGGUGAAUUGGUCAGAGCCAUCUUGA